GAGGUCCAUUUGCACGUGAUGGCGCAGCGCCCGUGUACUAGGGCGCCUGCGGGGUAUAUAGUGGUGACGACGCGCGCACCGCUCUCGGAUUCCUCCCGCCAACUACCUGAGCCACUCCCCGACCAUGUUCACGGUCAAGGCCACUUAUCGCCACGAAACACGCAAGUUUACCUUCCCGGACUCUUCUCACUUUCCUUCCUUCGACCAGCUAUAUGAUCAGUUGUACAGAGUCUUCCGCAUCUCUCCCUCCUUUUACCUCUCUCAGAUUCUAUUCUCGCCUAAUCUCUCGUCGGCCGCGCAACGCAUUCUCCUCGGGAGAGAAGCCCACAGCGCCGACGAGUACAAUGAGUACAUAGCCCCCUAUCAAGGCCGCAACUGGCCCGGCGCGCUGCUCAAGUUCUCUGUCUACGACGAGACUCCGCACAAGUCCCCCAGGGCGAGCAACAACCGCAUCAGUAUGGUGUCCACAGACAGCGGCCACGCCAGCAUCACGGCAUCCGAGGGCGCUAGCUCUGCCACGAUCAAUGACGAUGACCGCAGACUCUUCCUUGAGCGCCUGCGUGAACGUACGACUACACGGACGAAUGUCAGUCCUCCGUCGGAGUCUCCCACGACGCCCUCGCCGCGCACCUCGGUGGAGACUGUCCAAGACGAGCCGGCGAGCGCACACCAGUCGUCAAGGCCAUUGCCGCGCAGACCGUCGCCGCCGCCUGACACUGCAUCGACGUCAACCGUGACAGCCAGCUCCAGAACCGCCCGGCCCUCUUUGUACGACCUGCUCAAUCGGGAACCGUCCUCGAGCGGCCAGUCUGACGCCCGAACGGAUGCAUCGCGCCCGUCCCUUGUCGACGUCCUCAGGCAAGACCUGGCAGCUCUGUCUGGCCAGGCGAGCGAGGCUGUGGACCGUGACCGUGCGGCCCAUCGUCCUUCUCAGUCAAUCAGUAUUGAUGUGAUUCCGCCGUCACCCUCGGUCACAGGCGCCACACAUGCCAUUGGCGCUGAACGACUCGAGCGUACUCAGCACGACUCAGGACGUCGCAGAACUCACCUCGCUCCGCGUCGUUCCUGGGACGACGAGACGCCUGUGCCACGUCCUAUGGCGGAGAAGCGUCCAAGGCCACGUCCCGUCUCUGACUUCACACCCCUCCGCAGAUUCCCGGGGAACGGGCAUCGUCCGUCACUUGUCGACCUUCUUAGAGAUGGGCCCACACCCUUGAGGCAGAUUCAUCGUGAGCCGCGUACUGACCACCGUCAGACGGAAGGACGCCUGUCUUCGUUGCUGCAGAGUCUGCGCGAUGAGCUGGCGCCGCAGCCUCAAACGCCCCCGGAGCCUUCGGCACAAGCUCCUAUUAUUGUCCCACCACCGCCCAUACUUUCGCAGUCGGGUGUGCACAUCGGUCGGUCACCUUCCUUCGUCGUUCCUCCGCCCCCAAUACUGUAUCCUUCCGUUGGGAUCACGACACAGGCAACUGAAACUGGGUCCACAGACACGUCGCCCGAAGAUGUAACGAUAAUGUUGCCUGACCCCCGGCCGGUUCCUACACCAACACCACAGAGUGAGAAUGCUUUGCCGCAGUUGUCUGAGCGGACCACGGCGCCUAGGACUGCGGAUGCUGCUGGAGGGGCCGAGGUACCCGCAUGCGAAGAACACCAUUCCGACGCGUCUCAACAGACUCAGUGUUGCUCGGUUGCUGAAGGAAAGGUCGAAGUUCAGGAACUGAUAGACCGGUUCAUGUCGGACGUCGAGUGCACGAUGAAGAAGGCGUUUGGAGAUGAUUGGGUGUUCAGCAACGCCCUGAAGGAUCGUAGCGAUCACUGCGGCCAAGGGCAUGCUGCGUCUUGCGGAUCACAGCGGGACCAUAGAAAUACGACGCCUUGCUGUCGUUCACGCUCUCCCAUCGUCUGUCGUUCACGCUCUCCCAUCGUCCAACGAUCGCCAGCUUUCCCGUUCGCUAAUCCACUUCUGCCACCGAGUCCGCCCCAAUUCCCUCCAGGCUUCAUUCCGGACCCGUCCUAUGUCAUGCCUCCCUUCGCUCCUCGGGUGCCGCCACCGCCACCGCUUCCUCGGAUGUCAGUGUACUCGCCGCCGCCGGUAGCGCAUCGGUAUCCCGACGUUGCCUCAGCGACGCCUCCGCUGCCCCCGCCGCCGCCACCGCCACCGAUGCUAAGGGCACAGUCUCCGACGUGCAUUUACCCUCCGCCUGUUGUACCGCCUCCGCCACCUUCGUGGGGGUACUCUAUGUCAGCCAAUCCGACACCGGCGAUUCCAGAGACUCCUUUCCUGUCUCACCCUGGUAUCACUUGCGACGGCUGCAAGCUCAGGAACUUCUACGGUAUCCGAUACAAGUGCAUGGACUGCAACGACUUUGACUUGUGCAAUGGGUGCAUCUCCUCGACGGACGUCAUCAAGAACCACCCUCAGCAUGCGUUCCACCCGGUUAUCGAAAGCCGUGUGGCGCAGCAGCAAACUCACAUCGGCAUCACCUGCGACGGCUGCGGGAAGCGAAGUAUGUUCGGCGUCCGACACAAGUGCUUGGAGUGUCCUGACUACGACCUGUGCACCUCUUGUAUUUGCUCUGGCCGCCAGUGGGACCUGCACGACGGCUCGCACCACUUCUUCCCCAUUGCAACACCGAGCGAUAUGAGCCGCUUCGACGCUGCACGCCGAACUCGGUCCAUGGUUGCCGCGCACACUGAUAGCACUCGGCCUAUGGAAACGACCGGACUGGCCAUGGCAGAAGAGCAGCCUGUCCACCGCAAUGUCAUCUGCGACGUCUGCAACGACGUCAUUGUUGGUACCCGCCACAAGUGCUUGGACUGCGCGGACUACGACUUGUGCAGCCAGUGCUAUGCGAUUCCUGAUGUUCACUCUGCGCAUGGGUCUGGGCACCAGUUCUUCGCCAUCGAUCGGCCUGGUGAGGUCAUCGUCCACACCGUCUUCAGCGGAGACGGCGAACGUGUUCCAAAGGCGAGCAGUCCCCAGAGACAGUCAAGGGCCGAGUCAGCCACUCCCGUCCGCGAGGAGCCGGUGAUACACAGUGCUAGGUGUAAUUUGUGCGAGUCGCGAAUCUCGGGCGAGCGCUAUAAAUGCCUGAACUGCCCCGACUUCGAUACGUGUUCGUCGUGCUUCCAGAUUACGCCGGAACAGCACCCUGGCCAUGGAUUCGUGAAGAUCAAGGAUCGCGCAGACCUCAUAUUGCCCAGUGCACUCGACGCUGAACCUGAACAUGCCGCUAGAUGCAAUAUCUGCAAUGCGGUCAUCAGCGGCGUUCGCUACAAGUGCUUGCACACGCUUUGCCCGGACUUCGACUUGUGUCAAGCCUGUGAGGCCCUGCCGUUCCCGGUCCAUCCCGCGGCGCAUCCUAUGCUCAAGAUGAAGACACUCGACACUGUCAUUCCUGUCGUCCUGCGUUCGGGUGAGAAAAAGGCGAGCUGGCGGGAACGCGAAGAUGUUGUGGUCAGGACGCCCCCGCCUCCCAGCGAGCCAGAGUUGCCGGAGAUCCGCAGCGAGCAUACGACACAGCUGACGGAAGAUCACUGGCAGUCGUUGCUCUCGCAGCUGCGUAGUGAUAACGACGCCGAACAGACGGGGCUUGCGCUGGACGAGUCCGAAGUCCUGAGGCGCUACCCGGUCAUUCCACCCAUGGCUGAGUCCGUUACUAGCCAUAUGGCACGCACACCCUCUCCGGUCUUCUUCCCAAGACCCAGGACGUCAUCGCCCCUCUACAGUCCUGUCAUGACCCCAGAGCCUCUGGUGAAUCUCCCCACACCUCAGAGGCCUGAGAGUCCGGCCAGCACUGUCGGGCAGCCGGCCGUGGAGGAACCCCUGAUAGACCUAGAGGAGGGCAAUUGGCGCGAGCUGUGGCCCGAAUUGACUGCGAUGCUCAAGCACCUCUUGCAGCCUCCCACGCCCAGCGUUGUCGUUUCGGCUCCGGCUCAAGCUCGUGCGGAGUCGAUGCCGGGUGCCAUGAUCGUCGAGGACAAGUCAGAUGAAGCCGAACAGACGCGUACCGUUGAGGAGCCGCGUCCUGCUGUGGAAGAGUCGCCCCUUGUUGGCGAGCCGUUGCUUUGCAGGCCGCUUGUUCCUGAGAGGACUAACACUGUCCGCCGCGAGCUCCGCGAUUACUUCAACAUACCCCCGCCUCCGCCGCUCAGGAAGGACACGAAGCCCGCGCCUCCUAGGACGCCUACGCCCCCGCCGCCUCCGCCUGUGGUGACCCUUCUGUCGGACAACAAUAUCCCGGACGGCCAGGUGUUUCCCCCGGGCGCGGAGUUCGUCAAGUCGUGGAAGAUGGUAACCAGGAGUACUGAAUUGGUGUUCGUCGCUGGUGACCGGAUGGCGCCCCAUGCAAACGCGCAGCGCUCGGUCAAGGUCGGUUCGGUGAAGGCAGGUGCUGAGGUCGAGAUUGCUGCCGGUGAGAUGAAGGCUCCUGAGAUUCCUGGCAAGUAUGUGAGCUACUGGAGAUUGAGUGACGGCGAAGGAAACCAGUUCGGCCACAGUAUCUGGGUUGAGUACGUGCUCAUCACUACUCUCAUCGUUUCUCAGAGACUAAUUCUUAUUGUCGUAGCAUUACUGUCGCUGAGGUGACUCGUGCGAGAUCUGCGCUGUCGACCGAUGAGUCGCUCGCGUCCUCCUCGGUGAUCAUGCCCCAGGCUGCUCAAGACGCCGACGGCCCCCGCGUCGUCAUCCCGCCGCGUAGCGGCACGGCUCCGUCUGAGCCAACGCUGUCGGCGACAAUGCCGUCGAGCCCGCACUCGGACACCGACUCGUUCGACUCGUCCAUCUCCCUUGUGGACGCGCCGUCGUCGCCCAUCUCGGAUGACCUCGAGGAGUACUUCAGGGAGGUCCGUGAGCACGUAGCGCGCCCAAUGGCCACUGCUCAGCGUGCGCAAGAGCCGGAGUAUGUGAUGUUGUAUGACAGCGCGUCGUCUGAGAGCGACUGAGAAGUGGACGGCGGAAAUGGACGGUGACGAAACAAGGAAUGGAAUCGGGCUGUUAGUGUGUUCCUGCUACGACAUUGUACGAUAUAUAUGUUGUUGUGUUGGCGUGUU